AUGAGAAGGUUCUUAAGACCCGGACAUGAUCCAGUGAGAGAGAGGCUCAAACGUGACCUUUUCCAGUUUAACAAGACUGUGGAACAUGGAUUUCCCCAUCAGCCCAGUGCACUGGGCUACAGCCCAUUCCUCCGCCUUAUGGCCAUUGGAACACGAUCAGGAGCCAUCAAGCUAUAUGGUGCUCCUGGGGUGGAGUUCAUGGGUUUACAUGAAGAAAACAAUACUGUAAUGCAGAUUCACUUUAUACCUGAUCAGUGCCAGCUGGUGACAUUACUAGAUGAUAACAGCUUGCAUCUCUGGAGCCUGAAGCAGCACAGUGGAGCAUCUGAGCUGCGGGAGGAGCACCACUUCACCUUGAAAGGGCCACCUGGGUCUCCACCAAGUGCCACCCAGAUAACAGCUGUCCUUCCCCACUCCUCAAGGGAAGUCCUGUAUCUUGGCACAGAGAGUGGCAACAUCUUUGUGGUGGAGCUUCCGUCGUUCAAAGUGCUGGAGGACAGGACCAUAACCUCUGAGGCUGUGCUGCAGCGGGUACCAGAGGAUUCCUGUACCAGGCGAUCGUGUGAGCUGGUGGAAGCUCUUCGGGAGCAUCCCAAGAACCCUGACCAGAUCCUGAUUGGAUACAGCAGGGGCUUGAUUGUCCUCUGGGACCUGCAGAAUAACAAAGCAACACACCAUUUCCUGGGCAGCCAGCAACUGGAGAACCUCUACUGGCAGAGGGAUGGCAGUAAAUUCAUUAGUUGUCACUAUGAUGGAAGUUACACCCAGUGGCCAGUAUCCAGUGACAACAGGCAGCCUGAGCCUCUGGAAAACCUUGUGCCUUAUGGUCCAUUUCCUUGCAAGGCCAUCUCCAAGAUCUACUGGCAGACAACCAAAAAUGGGCUUCCUUACAUCAUAUUCCAAGGAGGGAUGCCCCGGGCUAGCUAUGGUGACAGGCACAGCAUCUCUGUGGUCCAUGGCAGUCAGCAAACAGCCUUUGACUUCACAUCCCGGGUGAUAGACUUCUUUAUCAUCUUCAGUUCAGAGCCUACUGCAGAGUUUGAUGACCCUUCUGCUAUGGUUGUGCUGGCAGAAGAGGAGCUGGUGGUCAUAGACUUGAAAACUGCAGGCUGGCCAGCAGUCCAUCCUCCCUACCUGGCUUCCCUCCAUUGCUCAGCCAUCACCUGCUCACACCACGUCUCCAACAUCCCACUGAAGCUGUGGGAGAGGAUUAUCAGUGCUGGGAGCAAGCAGAACGUUCACUACUCCACUAUGCCGUGGCCGAUUGAUGGUGGCACCAACAUAGCUCCGGAUCCUCCGCAGAGGGACUUGCUGCUAACAGGGCAUGAAGAUGGCACUGUGAGGUUUUGGGAUGCAUCUGGUGUCUGCUUACACCUCCUCUAUAAGCUAAGCACAGUGAGGGUGUUUCUCACUGAUGCUGACCCCAAUGACAACAUGAACACGCUGGGUGAGGACGAAUGGCCUCCGCUUCGCAAGGUUGGUACCUUUGACCCUUACAGUGAUGAUCCAAGACUUGGGAUCCAGAAGAUCUACCUGUGUAAAUACAGUGGAUACUUGGCUGUAGCUGGUACAGCAGGACAGGUACUGGUGAUGGAACUGAAUGACGAAGAUGCAGAGCAUGUUGUGGACCAUGCUGAAGCAGAUCUCCUGCAGGACCAAGAGGGCUAUCGGUGGAAAGGUCAUGAGAAACUAAGAACUCGAGAUGGAGCUGUUCGAUUUGAAGCUGGCUUUCAGCCCUUUGUCCUUGUCCAAUGCCAGCCACCAGCUGUGGUCACCUCCCUGGCCCUUCACUCUGAAUGGAAGCUUGUGGCCUUUGGUACCAGUCAUGGGUUUGGGCUUUUUGACCACCAGCAGAAACGACUGGUCUUUGUCAAGUGUACACUGCAUCCCAGUGACCAGCUGGCCUUAGAAGGGCCACUGUCUCGAGUGAAAUCCUUGAAGAAGUCCCUCCGGCAGUCGUUCAGGCGGAUCAGAAGGAGCAGGGUGUCCAGUAGGAAGCGCCGAGGAGGUAGUGGAAAUGCCUCAGAGGUGCAAGAAGCAAAUGCCAAGUUUGACCAGGAUGCACUGCAGGAGAUGGAGCUGGCUCCGGUUCAGCGGAAGAUCGAAGCUCGCUCUGCAGAAGACUCUUUCACUGGCUUCGUGCGAACCUUGUAUUUUGCUGAUACCUUCUUGAGAGACAGCUCCCGCCACUGCCCAUCCCUGUGGGCAGGCACCAAUGGAGGUACAGUCUACGCCUUCUGUUUGCGUGUUCCCCCAGCAGAGAGGAGGAUGGAUGAACCUGUCAGGGCAGAGCAGGCCAAAGAGAUUCAGCUGAUGCACAGAGCUCCUGUUGUGGGUAUACUUGUCUUGGAUGGACGCAGCACUCCCCUCCCAGAGCCUCUAGAAGUAGCACAUGAUCUUUCUAAGAGUCCUGAUAUGCAAGGCAGCCACCAGCUGUUGGUGGUAUCUGAGGAGCAAUUUAAGGUAUUCACAUUACCCAAGGUUAGCUCCAAACUGAAGCUCAAGCUGACUGCCCUGGAAGGCUGUAGGGUACGAAAGGUGACAGUUGCAAACUUUGGCAGCUGCAAGACUGAUGAUUACAGUGAGAAUGACCUGGCUGUCCUGACCAACCUGGGAGACAUUCAGAUCAUCUCACUGCCCUUCCUCAAGUUACAAAUCCGCUACCCAUGCAUCCGCAAAGAGGAUGUGAGUGGCAUCGCCUCCUGUGUCUUCACCAAGUAUGGCCAAGGUUUCUACCUGAUCUCACCAUCUGAGUUUGAGAGGUUUUCCCUUUCAACCAAAUGGUUGGUGGAGCCCCGGUGCAUUGUGGACACGCCAGAAGUUACAAGCAACAAUCAUGUGCACAACAAGCCUGGUGUGGAGAAUGCUGCAAGAAAAUCCAGGGCACCAGGAAGGAGUUCAGGUGACUCUGGAGAAGAUGAGAGGAAGUCUGGGAGGCUGAUGGAACAUGCCUUGCUUAAUGAUGAAAAAGUCCUGAAGGAGAUCCAGAGUACUCUGGAGGGGGGCAGAGGCAGGAGAGAUCACAUUCCCACAUCCCAAAGGAACAGGACUCUGAGUAUUCGCCUACAGGAGCUAUGCAGAAAGAAAUUCGGCAAGAAAUCCCUUAGGACACGGACUAAGUAA